GCUGCCGCCGGCGCCCGCGUCAGACCGAAAGUGUUGGUGGCCGAGGCCCGGGGCCCCCUCAGCGCCGCCGGAGGGGAGGAUCCCAGAGGUGCCUCGACACCCAGGGAAGGGCGGGAGGCCGGGCGGACAGCUCCCUCUGGGGACCGGAAGCCUCGACCGCAGCCGCCCCGAGGACCGAGACUGGGACCCUAACCAGCAAAACGUCGUCCGAAGGUAGAUGCGAUUCCCUCCCUUGUUGGCUUAAGCAGCAGAAUCAUCCUGCAUCCUUCAGACUCAGAUGCCAAAUGGCGCAGUGGGAAAUGCUUCAGAACCUUGAAAGUCCAUUUCAGGAACAGCUGCACAAUCUCUACUCAGAAAGUCUCCUGCCAGUGGAUGUUCGACAACACUUGGCUGCCUGGAUUGAGGAUCAGAACUGGCAGGAAGCUGCACUGGACAAUGAUGGUUCUAAAGCCAACAUGCACUUCUUCCACUUUCUGGACCAACUGAACUAUGACUAUAGUCCUUGCAACUCAGACCAGGAGAACUUGUUGCUACAGCACAACUUGCGAAAAUUCUAUCGGGAUAUUCAGACCAAAAGCCCCACAGAACUGGCUGGCAUGAUCUUUAAUCUCCUUCAUGAAGAAAAAAAAAUUUUGAUCAAAGCACAGAGGGCUCAGGAGGAGCAAGGAGAGCCAGCCCUCAGAACACCUGUGGGGAGACAGCAGCAUGAAAUUGAAUCCCGGAUCAAGGAAUUAGGGACUAUGAUGGAGACGCUGGUGAAAUCCAUCAGUCAACUGAAAGACCAACAAGAUGUCUUCUCCUUCAGAUAUAAGACUCAAGUGAAGACAUCCUCCUCGGACGCCUAUCACAUCAGACAGCAACAGCUUCUGCAGCAAACUCUGAAUGAAUUGGACAAAAAGAGAAAGGAGGUGAUAGAUGCUUCCAAAGCACUACUAGGUCGAUUAGCUACCCUAAUAGAGCUACUGCUGCCCAAGUUGGAGGAAUGGAAAGUCCAGCAGCAGAAAGCCUGCAUUGGAGCCCCUCCAGACGACAACGACACAGCGUUGGAACAGCUGGAGCAGUGGUUCACAGCUGGAGCAAAACUGUUGUUCCACCUGUUGCAGCUGCUGAAGGAGCUGAAAGAAUUGAGCACCAUAAGCUACGAAGGUGACCUUCUAGGUGAAGGCGUGAAGCUGCAGUGGGCCCAGGUCACGGAGUUGCUACAGCGUCUACUCCCCAGCGCCUUUGUGGUAGAAACCCAGCCCUAUAUGCCCCAAACUUUCCAUCGCCCCCUCAUCCUCAAGACUGGGAACAAGUUCAGUGUCCGAAUCAGGCUGCUGGUGAGACUCCAGGAAGGUAAUGAGUUACUGACCGCAGAAGUCUUCAUUGACAGGAAUUCCCAGCCACAAGGCUUCCGAAAAUUCAACAUUCUGACCUCAAACCAGAAAACUUUGACUCCCCAGAAGGGGCAGAGUCAGGGCUUAAUUUGGGACUUCAGCCACCUGACUCUGGUGGAACAACGUUCAUUUGGUCCAGGAAAAGGCAGCAAUAAGGGACUGCUGGGUGUGAUGGAGGAGCUGCACAUUAUCAGCUUCACAGUCAAAUACACCUACCAGGGUCUGAAUUGGGAUCUGAAAACGGACACCCUCCCCGUGGUGAUUAUUUCAAACAUGAACCAACUCUCAAUUGCCUGGGCCUCAGUCCUCUGGUUUAAUCUGCUCAGCCAAAAACCCCAGAAUCAGCAGUUCUUCUCCAGGCCCCCCAAAGCGCCCUGGAGCUUGCUGGGCCCUGCUCUCAGCUGGCAGUUCUCCUCCUAUGUUGGCAGAGGUCUCAACCCAGAGCAGCUGAACAUGCUGAGGGAAAAGCUGUUUGGGAAGAACUCUAAGAGUGAAGAUGCAUUGUUGUCCUGGGCUGACUUCACUAAGCGAGAGAGCCUGCCCGGCAAGCUGCCAUUCUGGACAUGGCUAGACAAAAUUCUGGACCUGGUACACGACCACCUGAAGGAUCUCUGGAACGAUGGACGCAUCAUGGGAUUUGUGAGCCGGAAUCAGGAGCGCAGGCUGCUGAAGAAGACCAUCCCGGGCACCUUCCUGCUGCGCUUCAGUGAAACAUCAGAGGGGGGCAUCACCUGCUCGUGGGUGGAGCACCAGGACGAUGGUGAGGUGAUCAUCUACUCCGUGCAACCCUACACCAAGGAGGUGCUACAGAGACUGCCGCUGACCGAAAUCAUCCGCCACUACCAGCUGCUCACUGAGGAGAAUGUACCCGAGAACCCUCUGUGCUUCCUCUACCCCCAGAUCCCCCGAGAUGAGGCUUUUGGCCGCUACUACCAAGAUAAAGUUAAUCUCCAGGAACAAAAGAAGUAUCUGAAACACAGGCUCAUUGUGGUCUCUAACAGACAAGCGGAUGAGCUACCACAACCACCAGAACUUAAGCCGGACCCAGAAGCGGAGUUUUCAGACCUGGAUCUGGGGCUGGCACCAGGGCCAGAGCCAGGGCAAUGUCUGGAAUUAGAGCAACUAUUGACCCCAACACUGAAGCUCACACUGGAGCCCACACUCUGUGUGGAAUCACCAGAAAUGCCGGAGCCAAACCUGGGAGCAGAGCUGACAUCAGAGUCUAUUCUAGAGCUACCACAACCUCCAGAGCUUAAGCCGGACCCAGAAGCAGAGUUUUCAGACCUGAAUCUGGGUCUGGCACCUGGGCCAGAGCCUGGGCAAUGUCUGGAUUUAGAGCAACUGUGGACCCCAACACUGAAGCACACGCUGGAGCCCACACUCUGUGUGGGAUCACCAGAAAUGCUGGAGCCAAACCACCUGGGAGCAGAACUGAUGCCAGAGUCUUUUCUAGAGCCUUUAUCAACACCAGAGACAGAGCCAGAUUUGCCCCCUGAUCUGAGGCACUUGAACACUGAAGAAAUGGAAAUCUUCAAGAACGCUAUGAAGAUUGAAGAAAUCCUAACGAAUGGUGACCCAUUGUUGACUGGCCAGAGCACCGCGGAUGAGCCUUACGCCUUCAAUCCCAGCCACUUCCACACAGAAGGACCGUUGGUCCCUUUUGAGUACUGAGAACUGCGUUUUCUCUAUUCUUUCCAUAUACCUUGCCCCUUCUAGCCCUACGUCAUGAUGUUGCUCUCCAAGGAUAGGAAAUCAGGCAUGUAUCCCACCUAAGGAGGUCUUCCUGGAGUUUAGAGAGAAGUAAAAACAAUGUGGGUAAGGAAGAGGACCAGUGAUGCAGGAAACAUGUGGGCCAUAGUCCUCACUAGGACCCCGGAAGCUGUCUGCUGUGCUGGGGGACACAGGAAUUAUGGGGGGCCAGGCAAGGACUGUUGGGAGCUACUUAGGUGCUCGGGACAGUGACUUCUGGUAAGACUAACUAGUACCCGGGCCUCCCCAGUGGUGCAGUGGUUGAGCGCUGGGCUGCAAAGCUGCCCACAGCCUCUGCACCGCCGGUUCGAUCCCCCCACCGGUGAGGGUCCCACAUGGGACCUCUCCUGCCGCCCGCUGCUCCCCUCAGCAGUGUGUUUCGUCAGUCUGCCUGCUCUGUUCCCCGCUCUGGCUCUGGUGAAUUCUCUCACCCUCCCGUGCUUCUGACUGUACCCAGUGCUUGUAUAAAUAAAUAAAUAAAUCUUUAAAAAAAAAAAAAGACUAGUACCCACUAGCACUGGCCCUCAAUAGGAAACGGAGAGGUGAGAUAGUUUCCUGUGGUCCCCUAUGACUAGGGUAACCUUUUUAUUUUUUUCUUCCCCUUACUCUUGGCUCAAAUCCCAAAUGUCUUCUUUCCUGCAGGGACUGAGAGCUUUUUGCCUCUGCCCACCAUGUGAAGCUCCUACCAUUUGAAAGAAAUAGGAGGGAAACCUCCUCUUCUUACCAGACUCUUCCCUUGGCCCCCAAAUUAGCCACACCCAUUCCUCUCCCUAAAAUGCUCCUGUCAUUCUAACAUGCCUGUGAUGCUCAGUACAGUAACUAGUCUCCUCUUCCCUGGUGCUCGGGAGACAUGUCGCUUCUGGAGAACAGGGAUGGCAAGGUUGUUGGGAUUUUAGAAUUGCUUUUUAAUUAGGAAUGACACUUCCUCUGUUGUUUCCAUAUCUUUUGUAAAUAAUAGCACGAUAGAACUGGGUAUUUUUACAGAGAAAGAAAAGCGCUGAGGCUUAGAUUAUUUCUCUACGAAGAUAUCAUUCCCCUUUGUUUUGUACAAUGUGUUAUUUACCUAACAGGAGGGUUUCUGGUCCUUGGGCACGCACCUGCACAGAGACCAAGGUUUUGAACUUAGUACCUUGGAGGUUUAUUAUAGGACUCUGAACAACCUCCACCGUAGCCAUUUCCAAGGCAACUACCAUCGCUGUAUGUGAAUGAAAUGGGGGCCUAUAUAUAUGGCUGUUUUCUGCCUGGGUUACAGAAACAGUCCUGUCCAGAAAGAGUGUCUUCUGUACAGAAAUGGCUAAUAAACUUUCUGCUGAGCUG